CGUCCGUGGCGGCAGCUGGUGGUCGCUCGGUCGGUCCGCCCGCUACAAUGCAGCGUCGUGGACACGCGAGCCUCGGCGGACUGGAUGAGCGUUAAAAAUAUCCUGCAGAUCCCGAGCGGGGGCACUGACAGGUACCUCGGCGGACAUGGAUCGACAGAUUGUGCAGGCGGUAUGGAACGAGGACACGAUGUCCUCUGCCUCAGUGGGCAUGUCGGACCUGUCCGAUGAGAUCCUGCUGUGCAUCCUCCGCCACGUCCCCGUGUGCGACCUGCUGCUGAACGUGGCAAACGUCUGCCACAAGUUACAGACGCUUUGCCACGACAAGACCCUUCUCAUGCACGUCAGCCUGUCCGAGGAGUAUCUGACUGAUGAUCCUUUGGCUCGGCGCAUAUUGAAGCAGCUGGCCAAUCACGUGCAGUCCCUGAGUCUGAACGGCUGCUACUGGCUCGCCGGCUCUACCCUGGAUCACCUCGCCCGCUGCCGGGCGGUGACGCACCUCGACGUCACCGGCUGUCGCCUCACUUCCAUUCGCCUGUCGCGCCUUCUCUCCUCCCUCUCCCUGCUCCGAUCGCUCGCUUUCGACGUGACCGCGGGCUUCAACUCUGCUCAGCUCAGCUCGGAGGCGGUGGGCUCACUGAGCCGCCUGUCGGAGCUCAGACAGACGCUGCUGACACCAAGUUACGGCGUGGUGCCGUGCUGCGCCCAACUCCGCAAGCUGAUGCUACAGUUUGACAUCUCAGACGUGACCAGAGAGGGUGUGGGUGUGUGCUGUCAGUUGAUGGUGGGUCAGAGCAGUGUGCCACAUUACCAGCAGCUGGAGGAGUUCACUGCGCGGUUGGCUCCAGGAGAGGUAAACCAGACCUUGCUCCUUCUCUACCUGGCAGUGUUCAGUGUUCACGUUCCGAAGCGUCUCAGAGUUUUCCUCGUCUCGAUCCCCGGCCCGAACCCCGCCCACUGGCCCGCCGCCCCCUCGCUGGCCCAGAGCUUGGGUCAACGAGGGGACCUGGAGGCUCUGCAGCUCCCUCGCUCCUGGCUGGAUUCCUUGUCACUGAAGAGAGCCUUGGAGGGAAACAGCCCAAAGCACCUCAGCUUCAGCCGCUGCCCGGCGUUGUGGCCGCAGGUGUUCCAGUCGCUGCUGGAGGGCGGCGUCCGAGACGCCACGCAGCUCACUAGCCUGAACCUCAGCGGGAUCAACCAGGUGCUCUACUCGGAGUGCAGGAACGUUGAAGACCACCUGGUCCCCGGGACAAUGAGCCGGUUGGCAGUCGGCUGUUCAAACAUUAAACACCUGAACCUGAUGCACACACACUACCAUCACGAACACUCGACUGGGCCGGGUGGGGAAACACACCUGUGUGGCAGCCUGGCCAAGUUCAGACACCUGUGCUCUCUCACCCUGCCCGCCUGCGCUCUGUCAGACGGCCUGAACACACACCACACCUCUACCAACAACAAGUCUCACUCUCCGUUGUUCCUGGGGCUGAAGAAAACUCCACGCGUGGGCCUACAGAAUUUCAAGCCCGACUCAGGGUCUUCCCUGUCGGGGGACAGCACCUCGGGGCUCGCUCAGCUCUUAGCCGGCUGCCCCUUUUUAGAGACCUUGGAGCUCAUCGGCCCAGGUUUCGUCUCGGCGUUGCCUCGGCUCGAGCCCUGCGCCCGCGCCAGCGUCGAGCCUCGAGGAAUGUGCGCGUGGGCCGGAGGAGUCGGCGACGUGCAUUUGUCCACACUGGAGGCUCUGCCUCGGUUGCGUCGCCUGACUCUGGCCGGGCUUCCCGGAGUCCUAAAGGGGACCGGGUUGGUGCAGCUGUCCAGGCAGUGCAAAGAACUGCAGGUUUUAUCCCUUGCCAACAUGGGAUCGUUAAAAACCAUGAACUACAACCCCGCCUUGCUGGAAACACUCCAGCAGUGCACACAGCUGCAGGAACUCAGGUUAGAGCAGCCGUACCUGAAUGCCAAUGCCUCCUUCUUUGAGGCGCUGUCCUCCUGCUCUCGCCUGCGGCGCCUCUGCCUUAUCUCGCGCAGCGGCACCUUCGACCCGACCGCUGCAGAAGCCUUCAUGGAGCGGUGCCCUCACGUCGUCGUGUGCCACAUGUUCAUGGGCGGCACCUUGCUGGCUUGUCGCACGCUGCAGAAAAAUCUGCAGGACAGGUUUUCAGUUGAGCGCUCGGCCCUGAGCGUGGUCAUCUAUCCACUACAGCACGAAGACCUGCCCUCGGUCAUCAGAGACAUCCCACUGACACUGCUGGAUCGGAUCACUCUGUUCCAGAGCCACGUGGCACAACCACCGCAUUUAUCACCACUGUGACAUUGGCAGAAAGCUUCACUCUGAUUGGUGCUCAGCCUUUUUUUUCCUUUUUGUUUGUUUAAGCAGGAAAAAAAAUGGAAUGAUUCUCAGCUGCACCGUUGAUAACGAUAACGUUUACAUUUACAUGACUCAGUAAUGUUGGUCUCUUUAAAAAGGGAAAUUUUACUUCAGCUUCAGGGCGACGCUCCGGAGCUGCGAGUGAAUUUUUAGUGUCUUGUUUCUCACGACAUUUCAUUCUCGGUGCCACGAGGGUCUAAACUCUGGCUCCUCUGUCCAACGUCAUUUCUGCUCUUUAGAAAAGGAAGUGCCAAAAAUAUCACUUGAGUGACGUAUUUGUUCUGAAACUUUGAUGUUGUAAUAAACUCCAUAUGAAAUAUU